AUGAAAACCAUUCAUCUUCUCCCCUUGACCAUAUGGGCAGUCUUGGUUCUUCUCCUCUCCCACUCUACCUCACUCCUUCUUGCGCUAGAUAUUGUCUAUGAAAAUCACACCGUUCCUGUAACACAAGACUAUACAGCUGCUUUUGAUGCUGCUGUACAGGAUAUGAUUGUUGACCGUUCAUUCAUUGAUGCUUUUUCCAAUUACAUGUACUUCCCUGUUCCUGCUUGUAUCAAUGAUUUGGUGAAAUAUCCAAAAACCAAUCCCUUUGCCAAUCGAAAAGCAUUGGUCAUGUGUAUGGAAAUGGGUGUCAUUUCUCCAUACUUGGAAGUGAAGCAUUUGGUUGGAAAUACCAUUGUACAAAAGAUUAAUGCCUACUAUGGAAGUAAUUUACAAACUCAAUUCAAAUAUCUUAAUACCUCUUUGAAGGGAUUUUUCAAUACCAUGAAAGAAGGUGUCGAUUCUGGAGAGUGUGACUUGAUUGCUUCCAACGUGACUCCUACAAAGGAACGAAUGGAAGUAGCACAUUUCCAAUGCAAUUAUGGAAUGACUUCACAAGCCUUUCUUCGAACCAAUAAGGAUGGUCAUCUCACCCUCAAGACUCUCCAAGAUUUAAAUCAGACCCACAUUUUCGUCGGUGCCUCCAAAGGAACCACCUAUGAAACUCUUGUAAAAACUCAACUCUCAGCUGCACAAUAUGUUCCACUCGAUGAUGGAGAUGUUCCAUAUGAUGCCAUCAAGAACAACCAAGUGCAUGCAGUGAUUGGAGAUGGUGUCACUUAUUUAAUUUGGGUCAAACAAAACCAAGAUCUUUGUAAGAAUUGUACUGUCAAUUUUUACAACUCACCCUAUGGUUAUGGAACUUUUACAACGAAUCGAAUCCUUCCAUCCUCUGCCAUGCAUCUAAUGCAACAUGCAUCCUUGUGGAUGACAGUAUUGAUGAUGGUCAUGAUGACAUGGAUCCUAUCUUCCGUCCAAUCGGUAUGA